CACUCAGAUACACCUGACGGCAAAGCCGCACAAAAGAUUCUCCUCUCCAGCGUGAGGAUGGUGACGUUGAGGAAACAAUAUGCGGUGGCCAGACCCGUGUACUCAGAGGACAGCUUGGCUGAAGAUCACAACAAAGUUUACCGGCAGAACAAAACCAUCGUGGACCAUAUGAGAGAGUAUCUGACCUGGGAUUUGAAACGUGCCAAGAAUUCAGCAGUGUCUCUACUGCCCAUCAUCAGCUGGAUGAGGACCUACAGCGUCAGAGAGUGGCUGCUGGGCGAUGUGGUGUCUGGGAUCAGCACUGGAAUGGUGGCCAUUAUGCAAGGACUGGCCUUCUCUCUGCUGGCCUCGCUUCCCCCGAGCUACGGCCUCUACACAGCCUUCUUCCCCAUGCUAACGUACUUCUUCCUUGGUACUUCAAGACAUAUAUCCGUAGGCUCUUUUCCAGUCCUGAGCCUCAUGGUGGGAGCUGUGGUGACACGCCUGGUGCCAGAGGUUGGACCACCAGCCAACAUCACUGGCUUUGAGGACCUGACCCAGGAGCAGCAGAGAGUCCUAGUGGCCUCGUCUGUAACCUUUCUUAUGGGGAUAUUCCAGCUGGCGAUGGGGAUUCUUCAGGUGGGAUUUAUUGUCGUGUACCUGUCCGACACUCUGGUGUCCGGCUUCACCACAGCAGCUGCCAUACACAUCCUGGUCUCCCAGCUCAAGUUUGUGCUCGGGUUGACCGUUCCAGGCAUCAGCGGUCCACUCUCUAUCAUAUAUACAUUGAAGGAGAUCUUUGACCAGAUCACUUCCACCAACAUCUGUGACCUGGUGAUGUCCAUAGCGAUCAUGAUGGUCGUGUUCAUCGUGAAGGAGCUCAAUGACAAAUACAAAGCCAAGCUGCCUGUUCCCAUCCCCAUUGAAGUUUUCAUGACUGUCAUAGCUUGUGGGGUGUCCUAUGGGUUCAACUUCCAGACGAGAUAUGAUAUUGACGUUGUUGGCAAAAUGGUCAGUGGAUAUGAAUCUCCCAUUGCGCCCAACGUUGAAGUCUUCCAGGAAAGUGCUGUGGAGGCCUUUCCUAUAGCCAUAGUCGGGUUUGCUGUUGCCUUCUCUGUGGCCAAAGUCUACUCUAUCAAACAUGAUUACACGAUUGAUGGGAACCAGGAGCUCAUUGCAUUUGGAGUUAGUAACAUAUUUGGCGCAAGCUUCAGGUCGUUUGCAGCCAGCACAGCGCUCUCCAGGACGGCCGUGCAGGAGAGCUCGGGAGGCAAAACACAGAUUGCAGGCCUGAUCUCAGCUGCCAUGGCGAUGAUUGUAACCUUGGCACUUGGCUUCCUGCUGGAACCACUUCCCACUUCGGUCCUGGGGGCCCUGGUCAUCGUCAACCUAAAGGGCAUGCUGGUGCAGUUCAGAGAAAUCCCGUACUUGUGGAUAAGAGACAAACCAGAAUGUGUGGUGUGGGUGGGGACAUGCCUGGGUGCCAUCCUGCUGGGACUGGAUCUUGGCCUGGUGGUGGGUCUGGGUGUGGAACUGCUCACCGUGGUCUACAGGACUCAGUUUCCCCGCUGUUCUGUCCUGGCAAACAUCCCAGGGACCGACCUCUACAAAGAUCGUAAAGAUUACACGCAUAUAUCUGAAAUACCGGGAGUGAAAAUCUUCCGGAUACCCUCGCCUAUCUUCUUUGCCAAUAUUGAAUUCUUCCGGGACAAGCUGGUAGAAACUGUCGGGUUUAACCCUCUCAGGGUUUUGAGAAAAAGGAACAAGGCUCUCCGGAAAAUCAAUAAACGGUUGCAGAAAAAGGAGGAUGACGUUACAGCGGUGACACCUCAAAUAUACACUAGUGCAGCAGUGAAUGCUUCAAGGUGUUCUUCCACAGAAAGCUCUAACAUGAACGUGGACGGGCAGGAGCGUCCCUCUGACCUCAAAGACCUUCCUUUCCGGGUGGAUUGGAGAGCAGAGCUUCCCGUUGACGUCACUGUUCCCAGAGUAGACCUCCACAGCCUGAUCCUGGACUUCUCUGCUGUGUCCUUCCUGGACAUAUCUGCUCUGAAGGGACUCAAAGCGGCACUCAAAGAGUUCAUCCGUGUAGAUGUGGAGGUUUACAUCGUCUCUUGUGAUGAGUGCAUCCUGGAGAAAUUACACAGCUGUAGGUUCUUUGAUGAGGAGAUCCUCACCUCCAUGUUCUUCCCGACCCUUCAUGACGCCACGCUGCAUGUGCUAGACAGAUCAAAGGACAGAAGUCGAGGCUGGGUGUUGAGUGAAAGCAGACUGUAGCAGAGCCGAUGAGUCCAGGAGCAAUCCUUUCACACCAAAACGCUUCUCUUCAUCCCACAACAACACCAUUAAAAACAACUAUUAAACAACUA